AAGAAACUGUAGUUAGUCCAGACAACAAGGUUACGGAAUUUCAUUGCAAUGUUAAAAAACGUCGUAUAACGCCAUGAGAUGAAAUAUAAUGACGAUCUUCCACCGUAAUCAAAAUGACUCCAUCAACCAAACGGAAGUCGAUGAGGAGCUACAAUUGGCAUUGGAAUUGUCACUGCAAUCAUGUGACCCACCAAGGGCUACUGACGAAUGUUUUAACCCACAGUCCUCAGGAUUCUUUGGAUCAAUAAAGGAUGAAGCAAAUAGUGAAACACAAAAUGGAAAGCAUAAACUUGAUCGAGUAUCAAUGUCAUAUAUAAUCAACGCAAUAACGAAGCAUAAGGCGUUGAUAGCAUCGAGGUUACAAAGUAUUCCAUAUACAUCAACACCUAUGAAUGAUAUAAACGCUACAAAAACUAGAGUGUCAGUGUCAAGAAAUGUUAUCACUACAAUACUGGAAACACUGUUCGGUACAGAGCAAAGUAGACAGGCUACGCCGGAAAAUCUCAAUGCAUGGUGUAAGCAGGGCUUCAAACUACAUGAAAAAAUGUUUUGGGGACUGACCCAGGAACAAUCGGGACCUUGUGGAGUACUAGCAACAGUACAGGCAUAUAUCCUACAGUGCCUACUAUUCCAUAACGGGAUGUAUGGGACGUUGGAAAUGUUACAACAAUCGGAAAUGCCAGAAGCUGUGUUGCGUAAACUACCAGAAAUAUAUAAGAAUUUUGUAAAACUAGAUCACCCAGAUUACCCAGAAGAAUGGAUACAUAUACCAGCCCUAGUAGAGGCACUUUGUGCUAUAUUAUACAAUGCAACACCGUACUCUCGUUACAAAAUAAUAUUAUUCCAUCCGUUGAAACAGAACAUGACAAACCCGUUAUAUACAAUCAUAUAUAACACGAAUUACGAGUACUAUGAGCUCGAUAAUAUAGCACAAGUAGCAACAUUACUGCUUAAGCAUAUAGACCUCCUGCUGGCAGAAAUGGGAGUGCUGUCUUUCACAAUGUCCGUAUUGGCCACCCGAGAAGUGGAAAAUGUAAAGAACGAUAUGGACGAUCCAGAAAUGCCACUAAUUGGACUCUAUGGGCACUCUUCACAGGAAUUAGUCAAUCUCAUGCUGCAGGGUAAAGCUGUAUCUAAUGUAUUUGACGGUGAGAAAACUUUACCAGGGGCAGAUCAGUCUGUGCCCUACAGGCUAAAGGGUAUUGAAGCCAAAGGAAAUGUAGGGUUUCUAACUGAAAGAGAAGCUACUAGGCACUGUCAAGUAGGUUCGUUUUACAAAAACCCAAGGUUCCCCGUAUGGGUACUGGGAAGCUACAGCCACUACACCGUGCUGUUCGCAGUGGAUGUCAACUUAUCGAAACUUACGGAAUAUGAAAUACAAAAGGAUAAUAUAUUAAAUGUAUGGGCAUGUCUAGACCCGGAUGAUAAUAAAUUUAUCACAAUGAACCUACUCAGCACUCUGCUGGAAAUGCUAGGAGUGCAAAGAUUGUAUAGUGAUGCGAAACACGCACUCACCAACGAUUCAAAUAUACUAUUACAAACCACUUUCAUGGAUUGGUACCUUGGAAGAACAUUCAACAACGAUAUGGAACUAAAUAGACCUGUUACGUUAUUCCACUACAAUGGGCAAGAUAUAACGAGGCCUUUAGUCAGAGCUGAUCUGAACAAACUUCCAGAUGAUGGAAUACAAAUUAUGUAUAAAACCAGUGAUAUGAAAAUAGAUCAAACAAUAGAUAGCAACAUACUGGGAUACGCACCACCUGAAGCAUUAGAAUUGGCGAAGACCUUAUGGACAAGAUGGCCAAAAACUCAAGUAGAAGUAAAUAACGUGGAAAUCGAGUGACAGAAUACAUAGUUCUCAG